UGACGUCAAGGUGAAUUUUUCCAUUAAGCGCUGCACUCCGCACAUCCACGCACGCAAACGGGACUCGGCCUUGAUCCUGUCGCUGGAUAACACAUUUGAACGUCACAGGUGUGUCUAAGCUGGAGUGGCUGCUGCCAUGAGCGACACUCUGGAAUUCAAUGAAAUUUAUCAGGAGGUCAAGGGCACCUGGAAUGAUGGCCGUCUGCGAUUUAGUAAGCAGACAGUGGUAUAUAAAAACAACAAGACUGGAAAAGUGGACACCAUUCCAAUCCCUGAUCUCACUCAAGCCCAGUGGAGGAGAGUCUGUCUGGGUCAUGGCAUCAAACUGUCCACCAGCACUGGCCACAUCUACAAAUAUGAUGGCUUUAAAGACACUGACUUGGAGAAGAUCUCGGAGUACUUUAAAGCAAACUACAAAUUGGAGCUGGCAGAGAAAGAUAUGUGUGUGAAGGGCUGGAAUUGGGGCACUGCUAAAUUCGGUGGACCAUUGCUCUCAUUUGAGGUGAGUGACAGUGCUGCAUUUGAGAUUCCACUCUCCAGUGUAUCCCAAUGUGCAACGGGAAAGAAUGAGGUCACGUUGGAGUUUCAUCAGAACGAUGACACGGAGGUCUCCCUCAUGGAGGUACGCUUCUAUGUCCCACCCACCCCAGGAGACGAGGGUUCUGACCCGGUGGAGGCAUUUGCCCAGAAUGUUCUGUCUAAGGCAGAUGUGAUCCAGGCUACAGGAGAUGCUGUGUGUAUCUUCAGAGAGCUGCAGUGCCUCACACCAAGGGGCAGGUAUGAUAUCCGUAUUUAUCCCACAUUCCUCCAUUUGCACGGUAAGACGUUCGACUACAAGAUCCCUUACACCACCGUGCUCCGCCUCUUUCUGUUACCUCAUAAAGACCAGCGGCAGAUGUUCUUUGUGAUCAGUCUGGACCCGCCCAUUAAACAGGGUCAAACUCGCUAUCAUUUUCUCAUCCUUCUGUUCUCCAAGGAAGAGGACAUCAGCCUCACUCUCAACAUGAAUGAGGAGGAGGUGGAGAGACGUUUUGAGGGGAAACUUAAUAAAAACAUGUCUGGCUCUCUCUAUGAGAUGGUCAGCAGAGUUAUGAAGGCCCUGGUCAACAGGAAGAUCACAGUGCCUGGAAAUUUCCAAGGUCAUUCCGGUGCUCAGUGUAUAACAUGUUCAUAUAAGGCCAGUUCAGGUCUGCUGUAUCCUCUGGAGAGAGGGUUCAUCUAUGUGCACAAGCCUCCAGUGCACUUGCGCUUUGAGGAGAUCGCCUGCGUGAACUUUGCUCGUGGCACCACCACCACCCGCUCCUUCGAUUUCGAGAUUGAGACUAAGCAGGGCAAUCAGUACACCUUCAGCAGCAUUGAGAGGGAGGAAUAUGGAAAACUCUUUGACUUUGUCAAUGCUAAAAAGCUCAGUAUCAAGAACAGAGGCUUCAAAGAGGGCAUGAAAGGUAAUGACAACAUGUACAGUGACUCAGAUGAAGACCAGCAUGAUGCAUACCUGGAACGUAUGAAGCAAGAGGGCAAGAUCCGUGAGGAGGGCAAUGACAGUGAUGACUCCGAGGGCGAGAGUGAUGAAUCCUUUAAUCCUGGAGAAGAGGAUGAUGAAAUUGCAGAAGAGUACGACAGUAAAGCCUCUGCCAGUGAAAGCAGCGCUGAUGAUGGGGACAGUGAUGGGGACCGGAAGAAAAAAACAGCCAAGAAAGCUAAAUUAGUAAAAGAAAGAAAACCUCGUAAGAAAGAGAAAAAGGCAAAGGACAGCAGUGCACCCAAAAGGCCAAUGAGUGCCUACAUGCUGUGGCUGAACUCGAGCCGAGACCGCAUUAAAUCAGAGAACCCUGGCAUCUCUGUCACAGAAAUCUCCAAAAAGGCUGGAGAAAUGUGGAAACAAAUUAGCAAAGAAAAGAAAGAGGAGUGGGAAGGAAAAUCUGAGGAAGCAAAGAAAGAUUAUGAGCGAGCGAUGAGAGAGUAUAAAGAGAGUGGAGGAGGCUCCUCAGGCACCUCAAAAAAGGAGAAGAAGAAGAAAGGAGGGAAGAAUGAAGAAAAGAGGAAGAGGAAGUCGGGUGGUGGAAGGGAGAAAGAGAAGGAGCGAGCCACAGGCAAUGACAGCUUUAAGAGUCGAGAGUUCAUAUCCAGCGAGGAAAGCUCAUCAGAGUCCGAGAAGGGCAAGGGACGUAAACGCAAGGGGUCUGAUGAUGAAGAAGAGGAUGUGGCCAGCACACCGCCAAGCUCUGAGGAGUCUGGCUCAGACUGAAAGACAAUAAUAACACAUAAACAGUGAAAGACAACCCUUACAUCAGUUUCAGAUAUGUUACAUGGUGUUCCGGAUAGUAUGUAUUACAGCCUAAAAUGUUUAAAUUUCACAAUUUUACUGUGUCAAGACAUUUAAAUACACUUGUAUAUAUAACUCUGGUAGUGUUGAGUAGUGUGUAUUCAAUGUAUAUUGUCCUGUCCUUUUUCAGAUCACAAUUGUAUCUGUUUGUACAGAGAUCUUUCACUGUGUUUUCCGCUUACCAAGGAAUAGAAACUGUGUCUUUGACACACACACACACACACACACACACACACACACACACACACACACACUAUAUUGAGCUUAAGAUUUUUGAAACACAAAAGUCAGUACAAAAUAGCUUGUUAAAUUGGUUUUCUCCUUUAACCAUUUUUAAUUUUUUCUAUCUAAACUCAACAUUUGUUUUAUACAAUACACAAUAUUGUUUAGCACACACAAUACUGUAUAUCAGUUUGUUUAUUAAAAGAAAUGUUAAAAACAUCUGUUAAAACAUCUAAUUUAAUGUUUAUAAGGAAUUAACCACUAUUUACACUUGAGCUACUGACUAGAUAGGUAAAGUUUGUUAAGACAAACUUUGUUGGCUUGACAAAGCCUGGCCUGAAAGUUUAAAAACGUGAGGUUUGAAGGUUUAACAGACCCUACAGAAUUUUGGGGGAAGUUUGAUCUUCCACAGUGUGAAAACGGUUACUCUGAUCAGUUAGAAAAGUCCUGACAUAGACCUUCAGACUGUUAUGAUGUAGCACGCUAAGUUUGGUGGAUUUAGCUUGAAAUGUCUAGUUACAUUUUACAUUUACAGUUGUUGUAAUAACAUUUAGUUGUAGUUACAUUUUACAUUUAGUCUCUAUUUAUGAAUUACAUUUAACGGUAUAUUGAAUUUUUCAAGCUGCCAUAAUUAACGAGAACGCUGUUGACCUGUUUGAACAUUCCAUCAAUGUAAAUCUCCAAUGGGAUUUUUGAUAGGCCGAUUUGCGAGAAACGUAGGUCAGAUCAGUUCGAAAAAACAUAACACACUAAGUCAGAACAGUCUGAAGGUCUAUGCCGAGUUUGUUGGGCGUAGCUUGAAAGCUGUAGGAGUUGCAUAUAAUAAUUUUGGUCUUUGUUUAGGGAUUGUAAAAAUCCUAAACCAAGACUGUAGAACAGUAUGUUG